UUUUCUUUUUGCUCGCUCUUGUCGGAUCCACAAUGCCUGCACGGGUGGCGAAUGGCACUGAGCAUCGCUCCGCUUCGCCAUCGCGCAAAGCCAAUGGCGUCCACUCCCCAGCCACCACUGCGACCACUGCCACCACUGCUGCGUCUCCCUCGCGAUCGCGUUCUCGCUCGCCAGCACGCUCCAAGACUGCCUCGACUGUGACUGCGACGACAGCGACGAGUGUGACCACAGUGGCUGCUGCUGCUAGCUCCGACGCCACACUCGUCAAAUCGCACAAGAAGGAAAAGUACGUGGCUCGAAAGUCUCGCUUGGAUUCGACGCUCGAUCCGCCAAUUGGCGACGACCAGUUCCGCGGAUUCCACAAUCUGUUCGGCCUCGGAUUGGCCUUCUUUGUCGUCACAAAGGCAGCCGACAACUUGAUGAAGGAAGGCAGUCCGAUCGAGCACGACGUGUUGGACACCAUCUCGCGAAAUCUCAAGGAAAUGUUUGGCGCCGUCCUGAGUGUGGCUGGCCUUGCCAUGCUUCCCGUCGUCUUUCAAAAGAUGAUUGUCGCCCGACUCAUCCCGCAAGUGCUGCAGAUCAUCUUGCACACUGCGCUGAUCCUGUCAAUGCUGAUUGUUGCACCACUUCUCUGCAUCCGUUUCGAGCUCGGAUUUACCCAAUCGGUCUACGUGAUUGUUGAAACGUGUGUGCUCGUGAUGAAAGCCCAUUCGUACCUGGCCUCCAAUCGCCAGUUUCAUGCUGAGGCUGCUCACCCCGAUUCGUCCACCAACGCCGCCGAUGUCAGCCGCAAGUCUGUCGUCUACCCGCAAAACGUCACUCUGAAAAACUACCUGAUGUACCUGCUCUACCCGACGCUCGUCUACGAGCUCGAGUACCCUCGCACCUCACGCGUCCGGCACGGCUACGUGUUGCUCAAGUUUGUGCAGUUCUGGUGCUCGUUCUUCUUCCUCUACUUUGUCGUGUCGCACUACUACAUGCCCGUGCUCGAGGAGCAUGCCACGGACGCCUACAAGAACCUGACUCCGCUGGCGCAGUUUGUGUACAAUCUGCACACCGUGUCGCGGCUCAUCAUGCCCAUGCUGUUUUGCCACGGUCUGUUCUUUUACAUUAUUUUCGAGUGCGUGCUCAACUUUUUCGCCGAAGUCACCCGCUUUGCCGACCGCGAGUUCUACGAGGACUGGUGGAAUGCCACCUCGUUCGAAGAGUACGCACGCAAGUGGAACAAGCCCGUGCACGACUUUCUGCUGCGCUACCUCUACCUUGGCUCUAUUCGCUCGUUGCGCAUGUCCCGCCGCUCUGCCACGUUUGCCACUUUUCUGAUUUCGUCCAUCAUCCACGAGAUGGUGUUGGCAGUGUCGCUCCGCGUCUUCAGCCCGUACCUCUUCAUCCUCCAGAUGUCGCAGCUGCUGUGGAUUUACCUGUUCCGCCAAUGGAAGGGCCUGGUCUACGGCAACCUUUUCGUGUGGUUUGGUCUUAUUAUUGGCCCUCCCAUGUUGUCGCUGGCCUACGCUCGAGAGUACUACAACACCCAAUAAAUCAUCACGCAAUGGUCGAAUCCUGCAGAACUGAUUCUCCCUAUUCCGUUGCCUUGAAAACGCUACAGCGAAUCCAAUAAAGACCAAAACUACCAUUUCCCA